GAAGAAGCUAAAAAGAACAAAAGGAAGUCUGGGCCCACAAAAGACUUUCCCAAGUCCUGGUUGCUCAAGGCCUUCUUCAAAACUUUCUAUAUAGUGCUCCUGAAAGCAGUCCUACUGAAGCUAGUGUGUGAUGUCUUCUCAUUCCUGAAUCCUCAGCUGCUGAAGUGGAUGAUCUCCUUUGCAAAUGACCAUGAUGCAUACGUGUGGACUGGAUAUAUCUAUGUGAUCCUCUUAUCUGCUGUGGCUCUCAUCCAGUCUCUCUGCCAACAAUAUUAUUUUCAUUUGUCCUUUGUGCUGGGCAUGAGUGUACGAACCAUCAUCAUGGAUUCAGUAUAUAAGAAGGCGCUGACUCUAUCCAACUCAGCCAGGAAGCAGUACACUGUUGGAGAAACAGUGAACCUGAUGUCUGUGGAUGCCCAGAAACUCAUGGAUGUGGCCAGCUUCAUGCACAUGCUGUGGUCAAGUGUUCUGCAAAUUGUCUUAUCCAUCUACUUCCUGUGGAGAGAGUUGGGACCCUCAGUGUUAUCAGGUGUUGGGGUGAUGGUGCUCAUUAUCCCAGUUAAUGGGAUAUUGGCCGCCAAGAAUAAGGCUAUUCAGGCCAUAAAUAUGAAGAAUAAGGACAAACGUUUAAAGAUCAUGAAUGAGAUUCUCAGUGGAAUCAAGAUCCUGAAAUAUUUUGCCUGGGAACCUUCAUUCAAAGACCAAGUUCACAACCUUCGGAAGAAAGAGCUCAAGAACCUGCUGACCUUUAGUGUGAUGCAGGCUAUAAUGACAUUCCUCUUAUACUUAACUCCGGUCCUGGUGUGUGUAGUCACGUUUUCUGUUUACGUCCUGGUGGACAGCAAUAAUAUUUUGGAUGCAGAAAAGGCCUUCACUUCCAUCUCCCUCUUCAAUAUCCUGCGCAUUCCCAUGGGCAUGCUUCCCAUGGUGAUCUCCACCAUGCUCCAGGCCAGUGUUUCCAUAGACCGUCUAGAGAAGUACUUGGGAGGGGAUGACCUGGACACAUCUGCCAUUCGACAUGACUGCAAUUUUGACAAAGCUGUACAGUUUUCUGAGGCCUCCUUUACCUGGGAACAAGACUUGGAAGCCACAGUCCGAGAUGUGAACCUAGACAUUAUGCCAGGCCAAUUGGUGGCUGUGGUGGGCCCUGUGGGCUCUGGGAAAUCCUCCUUGAUAUCAGCCAUGCUGGGAGAAAUGGAAAAUGUCCAUGGGCACAUCACCAUCAAGGGCACUACUGCCUAUGUUCCACAGCAGUCUUGGAUUCAGAAUGGCACCGUAAAAGACAACAUCCUUUUUGGAUCAGAGUUGAAUGAAAAGAGGUACCAGCAAAUUCUGGAGGCCUGUGCCCUCCUCGCAGACUUGGAAACGUUGCCUGGAAGAGACCUAGCUGAGAUUGGAGAAAAGGGUAUAAAUCUCAGUGGGGGUCAGAAGCAGAGGAUCAGCCUGGCCAGAGCUGUCUAUCAAAAUUCAGACAUCUAUAUUCUAGAUGACCCCUUGUCUGCAGUGGAUGCUCAUGUGGGAAAACACAUUUUCAAUAAGGUCUUGGGCCCAAGUGGCCUGUUGAGAGGCAAGACUCGACUCUUGGUUACACAUAGCCUUCACUUCCUUCCCGAAGUGGAUGAGAUUGUGGUUCUGGGGAACGGCACCGUCUUGGAGAAAGGAUCCUACAGCACUCUGAUGGCCAAGAAAGGAGUGUUUGCCAAGAACCUGAAAACUUUCAUAAAACGUACGGGUCCUGAAGGGGAGGCCACAGUCUAUGACGGCAGUGAGGAAGAAGAUGAAGACUAUGGGCUGGCACCCAGUGUGGAGGAAAUCCCUGAGGAUGCAGUCUGCUUGGUCAUGAAAAGGGAGAACAGCCUUCAUGGAACACUUAGUCGCAGUUCUAGGUCCAAAGGCAGACAUCCAAAGUCCCUGAAAAACUCCUUGAAAAUUCGGAAUGUGAAUAUCCUGAAGGAGGAGGAAGAACCAGUGAAAGGACAAAAACUAAUUAAGAAGGAAUUCAUGGAAACGGGAAAGGUGAAGUUCUCCAUCUACCUGCAAUACCUACAGGCAAUAGGAUGGUAUUCAGUAUCCUUCAUCAUCUUUGCCUUCGUGAUGAAUUCUGCAUCUAAUAUUGGAUCCAAUCUCUGGCUCAGUGCUUGGACCAGUGACUCAGAAAUCUUCAACAGCACUGACUAUCCAGCCUCUCGGAGGAAUCUGAGACUUGGGGUCUAUGGAGCUCUGGGGUUAGCACAAGGUGUAUGUGUGCUUGUUGCAAACCUUUGGAGUGCCUACAGUUUCACCCACGCAUCAAACAUCUUGCACAAGGAACUGCUGAACAAUAUCCUUCGAGCACCCAUGAGCUUUUUUGACACAACACCCAUAGGGCGAAUUGUGAACAGGUUUGCUGGUGAUAUUUCCACAGUGGAUGACUCCCUCCCUAUGUCCUUGCGCAGCUGGGUGAUGUGUUUCCUGGGGAUAAUCAGCAUUCUUGUCAUGAUCUGCAUGGUCACCCCUGUCUUCACCAUAGUCAUCAUUCCUCUUGGCAUUAUUUAUGUGGCUGUUCAGAUCACACAAAACCUGAACUGGCUAGUGAGGAUGACAUCAGAAAUAGAGACCAACAUUGUGGCUGUUGAGCGAAUCAAUGAGUAUAUAAAAGUGGGAAAUGAGGCACCCUGGGUGACCGAUAAGAGGCCUCCAGCAAGUUGGCCCAAUAAAGGUGAGAUCCGCUUUAGCAACUACCAAGUACGGUACCGGCCUGAGCUGGAUCUGGUACUGAAAGGGAUCACUUGUGACAUCAGGAGCGCAGAGAAGAUUGGUGUGGUGGGCAGGACAGGAGCUGGGAAGUCAUCCCUCACAAACUGCCUCUUCAGAAUCUUAGAGGCUGCAGGUGGCCAGAUCACCAUCGAUGGAGUAGAUAUUGCCUCUAUUGGGCUCCAUGACCUUCGAGGGAAACUGACCAUCAUCCCCCAGGACCCCAUCCUGUUCUCUGGAAGCCUGAGGAUGAAUCUAGACCCUUUCAGCAGCUACUCAGAUGAGGAGAUCUGGAAGGCCCUGGAGCUGGCUCACCUUAAAUCCUUUGUGGCUGGCCUGCAACUUGGGUUGUCUCAUGAUGUGACAGAGGCUGGUGGCAAUCUCAGCAUAGGGCAGAGGCAGCUGCUAUGCCUGGGCAGGGCUCUGCUUCGGAAAUCCAAGAUUCUGGUCCUGGAUGAGGCCACUGCUGCAGUGGAUCUAGAGACAGACCGCCUCAUUCAGGCGACCAUCCGAAAUGAAUUCUCCCACUGCACAGUUAUCACCAUUGCCCACAGGCUGCACACCAUCAUGGACAGUGACAAAAUAAUGGUCCUAGACAAUGGAAAGAUUGUAGAGUAUGGCAGCCCUGAAGAAUUGCUGCAAAACCGUGGCCCCUUUUAUUUUAUGACCAAAGAAGCUGGCAUUGAGAAUGUGAACACCACAGCACUCUAGCAGCAGGUCCCACGGGUUAAAGAAAGACUGUAAGGAUCAUUCCUCAUUUAACUUUAUUUUUUGUGAAAUGUAUCAUACAUACAACAGUAUGAAUAAACUGUACAUGUUAAGGAAGAGUGGUAAGUGAACACCCAUGUUCCCACUACCUGGGUUAAGAAAAUGAAUAUUACCAGGUCCCUUAGAAACCCUUCAA